AUGUCCGGAAACAAAGACAUUAAAGACAAGUGAGCAAGUGUCACAGAUCCUCCGAGAGGUCAGAUUGUUUGUAGAAAAAAGAAACAGGCGGGCAAGAACUCGAAGGGAUCUCAGGACGAUGCGAAUGAGAAUGCGGCUGCAGAAGGGAAGAGCACACUCGACGAGACAUUCGAAAAGGCGCGGCUGGCAGUGAAGAACACCGUCGGAUGGAUGACACAGACACGUUCGGCACUGACUACCAACUCUUGAUUCAUUGCCAUUUCAGAAGCAAAACCGGGAGGACUUCUCGGCUAUUUCCAGUCGCAACAGUUCGAACGGAGUCCUCCGGAAGCACACAAGACGUACGGAUUCCAGGCAAACCGACACAAGAACCGUAACCCGGACUUUCCGCUGUACGACGCCUCCCGUUUUCGGCUCAAGAUCGAGUCCGAAUCAGACAACAACUACAUCAAUGCAAGCCACGUGGCAUGCCCGCCCUGUGAACGCAAAUGGAUUGUAGCCCAACACCCGAUGGAGGCGUACUAUGAAGAUUUCUGGAAAAUGGUCUUUCACGACGAAAUCGAUGUGAUCGUGGCGAUAUUUUCGAGUGAAGAUGGUGUUCCGACCUACUUUCCGACCGAAAAGGGGAAGUAUUUCAACCACGGAAACUUCUGGGUUCACUGCUGGAAGAUGGCUGCUCCAACGAGCAAGAACCAAGCGGCCAGCUACACGAUCGAAGUCCUGCCGCAGGGAUGUUCGAACUCCCGUUUCACGACGAUCCUUCACUAUCCGUACUGGCCGAAGGGACUGGUGGCGGCCAGUCCGAAAGUGAUUCUCAAGGGCAUUCAGGCUCUGCAGCCGGCGGACAAACCGACAAAGGGCAAGUAUCUGAUCCAUUCCGUCGACGGAAUCAACCGGGCGCCGUGCUUUGUCAUGGUCGAUUAUCUCGUUGAACUCAUGUUCCGCAACAAUACCGUCGAUGUGAGCACUCAUCUGUUCUUCGCCGAUUCCUUUGCUCUUUGCAGAUCACUGAACUGAUCACAAUGCUCCGAAGUCAGCGUGGCGGCGCAUUCCACAAUCGUGUCUAUUGCAUCUACGGUCUCUACGUGGCCAUCGACUACGUCAAAAUCAGAUUGACCAAGUUCCAAAGUGCUCCAGAUAUUCUCGCAGAUGUCGUCAGUUUGCAAGCUGCGAUGAAGAAGGAGUUCGCGACGAUCAUUGCAAAAGAGCCGAAGGGAAAGCACGCCGACGUGACGAUUGAGUGA